CGACCUUCCCACAGCUCUCCUUGGGAGGAGGCCAGCCUGGGCCGGCUUUCAGCUCCACUCCAAGGCCAACGCUGGGCAGGCGCCGCCCCACCCCCGCCCGCAGCUGCCGUUGGUGUUUUGGAGGAGGGUGGGUGGCUGGGAUGGGGGUGCAGCUGAAGACACUGGACCCAGCUAGCCAGGAGUCAACAAAGACCUGUCUCUAGAGCGGCCCUCUCUCUAUUGCAAUCACCCCAUUUGACAGCUACCAUGGUAUCCCUCUUCUCUGGCCGCACCCUGAUCAGGAACAACAGUGACCAGGAUGAAGUGGAGACUGAGGCUGAGCUGAGCCGUCGGCUGGAGAAUCGUCUGGUGCUCCUGUUCUUCGGUGCUGGGGCCUGUCCCAGGUGCCAGGCCUUUGCCCCAGUCCUUAAAGACUUCUUUGUGCGGCUCACUGAUGAGUUCUACGUGCUGCGGGCGGCACAGCUGGCCCUGGUUUAUGUGUCCCAGGACCCCACCGAGGAGCAACAGGAUCUGUUCCUCAGGGACAUGCCUGAGAAGUGGUUCUUCCUGCCGUUCCAUGAUGACCUGAGGAGGGACCUCGGCCACCGAUUCUCAGUGCGUCGCCUGCCUGCGGUCGUGGUACUCAAGCCGGGCGGGGACGUGCUGACCAACGACGCGACGGACGAGAUCCAGCGCCUGGGACCCGCCUGCUUUGCCAACUGGCAGGAGGCGGCAGAGCUGCUGGACCGCAGCUUCCUGCAGCCCGAGGACCUGGACGAGCCCGCGAGGCGCAGCAUCACCGAGCCUCUGCGCCGUCGCAAGUACCGUGUGGACCGGGAUGCCGGCCGGGGACGGAGCGGCUGCGACUCUGGUGACCCCCAGCGGAACCCGGGUGCAGGGGCGGAGCUCUGGUGAUGACCCCUCCCCAGGUGAAUCUGGAUACAGAGGCGAGGCUCUGGUGACCCCCAGGAAAGGGGCAGGUCUCUGAUUAGCCUUCUCCUCUAAUUCCUUAUGUUCCCUAGACAGCAGCCCAGCUUGGCCUUGAACUCACCAUGCCUCAGCCUAACCAACAAAUAGCUGAACUGACAGCCAAAGAAAAACAAGAGUUUUCUCUCCCCAGUCUCCCCUAGUCCUCGAAAAAACGUGGAUCCCCAUGAGCAGGUGCUGGGCAGGUAGCCAGGAUUUAGCGCGCGCUAGGCAAGCUUUCUGCGCACAGAACCCUGGCCUCAGAUCUCCCGUCCACAAUAAAACAAGCAGAAAGCACUAGUGCCAGGCUUGCACCACAAAGCACGCCCGUUAGUUGGCGUCCUAGGUCUGGGGCAAGGCCCGCGAGCCGGCUUAAAGUGCGAUGGCGCUUGCUCUCAAGCCUGACAGGCCGGUUUCAGUCCCCGUGGUGGAAGGAAAACCGACUCCCGCAAGUUGUGGACCACAGGGUUACAGCGGCUCGCACAGGCCCAACUCACAAAUAAGUAUAUCUAACAAAAAUACGGGGGUGUUGUUUUGUUUUUUCGAGAUGGGGUUUCUCUGUGUAGCCCUGGACGUCUCACUCUGUAGACCAGGCUGGCCUCAAACUCUGGGAGCCGAGUGCCUCUGCCUCCUGAGUGCUGGGAUUAAAGGCGUGCGCCGCCACCACCUACAAAAAUAGUUUAAGUUGUGCGCAAAUCCACAAAAGAAACAAAACAAAACAAAACAAAGAGCUGUGUGUGCAGAACGAUCCGGAGUCGAAGGCCAUUUCCAGGCAGCCUGAGACCUCCGUCUGGAGCGCCAUUCCUGGGCCCUGAGACUUCUGGACAGAGCCAAGGAGAGUGCGGAUGCUCUCGCUUUGCCUGCGGCGCCCCCUGCCGGCCCAGUGCAGGAGGCGCGGGCGAGUAAGCUGGCAAGCCUGACUUUAUGGGGCAAGAAUCUGACUAGAUGAGGGGAGAAGGCUGCUAACCAGCAGAGUUGGAACCAAAAGUAACCGCCUCUGUUCCCAACUUGGAGUAGUGAGGAAAACUGAGGCUCAAUUCUAAGAAUGCCUGCUGGCCACCAAGCCUGGCUACCUGAACUCAAUCCCAGGUACCCAGGUGGUGUAAAAAACUUACUCUCACAAGUUGUCCCUUGACGCCCACCAAUGUGUAGCUGACCUUUUGCUACUUUGUGGGUUCUUCUCUAUUCCACCCUUCUCUACCCCUGUUCUUCUUCCCUUCCAACCCUUUAACACUACAUAAGAGAGUAAAAGGGGUAGAGAGUAAAGGAAAGAGCUUCCUGAAUAAAGUCAGGGGUCAGAAAGGGGUCGAUGUUAUCGUUAGACUACUUCCUGCUGAUCAGGGACAUCGAGUUCCUUGGGCCAAGUUGAUCUUUGCCAUCAGGAUACUAAUUUCUUCUUGUUAUUUCUUCUUUGUGCACAACUACUUAAAAUUCGACCACCAACAACCCACCCCACCCAUCGGGACCUUAGCAUUCUCUGAAAAGUUCCCAGAAUUCCAAAUGUCACACACUCGGCAGAAACUAUCUGCAGCUGGUAAAAUCAUGCUUCUGCUAGAGCAGGAGGCAAAUCAUAGCCAGCUGCUGUGAAGCAGCCCCACAGCCCACACUGUGUUUUUAAAAGAAACCAAAAUUCUCACUGUACCCUCAUCCUCCACAAAGAGUAAUAA